AUGGGAGAGACUCCGUGGACGCGACCUGCGGAGGACACGCUGUCGGGUUCCCAGCCUGCUCCAGCACUGUGGUCUGAGCCUGGAGCACCAGGGCCGGUUCAGCCUGGACAAGCAGGAGCUUGGGGGCACCUAACAGCAGCCCCCAGUGCCUACGAGGGCCUGUCGGGGAGCCAGGAUCUUUCAGAGGGGCACAGUGAGGCACAGGUGAGGCUGAGACCAGCCAUAAGGAAACCUCUCCCAGGAGGAGAGGUGGCACAGGCUGCCCCGGGACUCCCUCCCUGUGCAGCCUGGUCUGAGCCCAUGGCCGACCCUGCUGGGAGCAGCGCCUUGUGCCAGGCACCUCCUGAGCUGCCUCCUCACCCGGAUUACCCUGUGGCACCGUGGUCCUUUGAACCUAGUCCUUGCUUGCUCUUAAUGACGUUUGCUGAAAUUGGAGUGGCUGAGGAGCAGGUGCGGGAGUGGGGUGCUGCAGGCACAGUGCAGCCUGGCAGUGGUGGUGGACGGCUGGGUGCUGCCUGCCGUCCUCAGAAGGUGUGUUUAUGUCCAUUCCUGCCAAUACAUCCGCUAAAGGUCUCCACCUGCUUGUAUAUAAUUCAGCAUCCAGCAGAGGAAAGUCGAGUGUUAAGGACGGUACCUUUGCUAGCAGCUUGUCUUCCUCCAGACAAAUACAAAAUUUUGGUUGGUCGACGUUUUAGUGAAGACAGGUAUCCUGAAUUAGCAACUGUGUGCAGAAAUCCCAAUGCUCUAAUUUUGUAUCCUGGAGCUGAAGCAACCAAUUUGGAAGAAGUUGCUGUGAUGUAUUCUAGUCCAUCUGUUAUGAUCAUCAUCGAUGGAACAUGGAGUCAGGCUAAAGAUAUAUUUUACAAAAAUUCUCUCUUCCGGCUUCCCAAGCAGGUGCAGUUAAAACCCAACAUUUCAAGUCAAUAUGUAAUUCGUACUCAGCCAACAAACACCUGUCUGUCUACACUUGAAUGUGCAGCUGUUGCUCUUAGUAUCAUGGAAAAAAAUAAGAGUAUACAAGAGACUAUACUCCGUCCACUUCAAGCUUUAUGCUCUUUUCAGCUUCAGCAUGGUGCCCAGAUCCAUCACAGCAAGGAGCAUCUUCUCAAAAAUGGUUUAUAUGACAAGCCAAUGCCAAAGAAUAAGCGCAAACUCAGAAGAAUGGAGCUUUUGGUGAAUAAUGUUAAAAUAUAAGAAAACUGUACUGACAGUACAGUGGGAUUUAUUUGCAGCUAGCAAAUGAAUAUGAAUCUGGAUUUGAUCCAAACAGUUGACUAUACUGUAAUAAAACAACUUUUAGGCCCUUCAUAGGUAAGACUUUGUCUACCAAUGUGACAAACAGUAAUGGACAAGCUUUUUCAUUUUUGCAGUAGGCCAGGUGCCUUUGUUCAGAUGAUAGAAGAUCAUUCUCAUUUCCUAUAGAAAAGAAGAAGAAAACUCUGAGCAUAAUUUAGAGUUAUGUUAUCUCUUGGGUGACAAGUAUGAUCCUCAAUAUGACUGGAUAAAUUUACUUUGGAGAAGCUUUUAUCAGUACGAAAAGUCACGGAAUAUGAAUGUGAUGGAAUGGUAAGGCUUCAGCAUUUAGAAGUAUAUUGAAUUUCUGCUGAGCAUUAUAACUUCAGUAUCUGAUUACAGUAGGUUUUCAAACUGUAAUUCCUUAUAUUACUUAGUUCAAAUGAACAUAAGGCAUGCUAUUUGUAUAGUUCUUUUUUACUUUGAGUUUUUUAUUUCUUACAUUAUUAGAAUUCCUUAUCAUAAAUUUAUAUACAUUUUACAAUGCAGUCGGGUUUAGUUUGUCUCUCAGGCUUAAUUUUUAAAUUAAGCCCGCAUAUGUUUUUACCAGAACCUGAACACUUCUGACUUAAAAAAAAAAAAGUGAAUGUAGAGAAAUUAUUUUUGGAAUUAUAACUCAGGUGCUUCACUUUUACUUCAACAAAAACUACUCUUUCACAGAAGGGGACAUUUUAUGGAUAUUGAUGCGCCAUACCCUGAUAUGCAAUUGUUAUGAUACUAAAGGAAUUAAACAAACCCAGUGUAAACAACUCUGUAAGAAGUAUGAUGCAAUGAGAAAUGAUUAUG